CAAGUCCGUUUUUUUUUUAUUAAUUUCCCGAAACUACCCUCCUUAGCAUUUAUCUGCCUUCUGUUAUCACAGUAAACAGGUAAUGUAAUUUUUCGUAGUUACACAUUUGUUUUACCUUUAGGUUUGACAUAGCCUAGCUAUGCUGGGUAGAUUGCACGCUUUGUUUUUUGUUUUUUUGUUUUUUUAAAAAAAGGUUUCUGGUAUCGCGAGAGAAAUGAGGAGUCGGCAGGUGAAACGGGGUGGGAAAAAAACCCUAAACAAAACAGAAAUUCAAUGUACAUGGGACGUGUUUGAUUUUCGCGUUUUAAGUUCGGUCGCAACUAACCAUGUAAAUUAUAUCCGCUUCCUUUGAUACCAAACAAACAAAAUAUCCCGACCAAACUGAAAAUGAAAUAACCGUAAACAGGAAAUAUCCUGCGCAAAUCAUAAAGUAAACAAACGUGAGUUAGCAAACAAUAUAUGAAAGGGAACAAAUUCCCACGAAGGAUUAUUAUGAAGUGGUUAGGGAGUGAUAAAUAUAUAUAUAUAUAUAUAUAUAUUACGUCUUCAUUGGCCAAGGCUCUGUGCUAAACUGUUCUGUUCAUCAGGAAAGCGAAGUUCCUCUGGACUUUUUCCACCUAGGUGAUGUGGGGGAAGUUUGUCAAUGUAAUGUCAGUUGCCUGUAUAAAAGUCGCGCAGCAUCGCAGAAUGGCCAUUGAAUCUGGAAAUGAAGGACAAGAUGAAGUUAUUUGUUUUCUUCAUCGUCUGUGCAUUCCUACAAGUCACCUACCAAAACCCUCUAAGCCACUGGACUCUUCUGCCAAACAUUCUGGUCUUGGAGGUGGACGGCACCGUGGGCCAGUUUCCCCUGAGUUGCUUUGAAUCGCCAGAGGAGAUUAUAAGGAGAGACAACCAGAGCCAAGAUAUUUUUUGGAAGAAGAAUGGAGUGGACCAAACGCAGAGCGGCAACUCGUAUCUGGUUCAGCUAGAGGAAAGCUUAGGAGGGGGCAAUUACUCCUGCCACGGCAAGGACGGAUCGCUCCUUAAUCACACCGUGGUCUUAAUCCGAGAGAACCAGGUGGAAAGGAGGAAGAUUCUCCUGAAAACCGACGGAGAAGAUUACUUGAAGUGCUCCGCUCAGAAUUACAGCGGAGAGUUCCACUGCUCUUGGACCUGGCACAGCAGUCGCGUUGGCAGAGUGGCAUUUAUCAGAGCUCAACGUGUUUCUGACGACAAUCACACCCAGUGUUCUGUGGACACUAGCGACCUGCAUUGGAUGUGCUCCUCCAGUCACAGUAACUUCAGCUGUUCAGUGGACGCGAACAGCAUCUCCUGCCUGGACGAGCGGCACUGCCCCUACGCAGAGGAGAGCCAGCAGAUCCACAUCACCGUCUAUGUCAUGACCAAGCACUUUCUGGUGGAGAGCUACUCUAAACACUUCUACUUGUCGGAGAUUGUGAAACCAGACAAGGUGAGGAUUGCUAAAAUCAACGCCACUGUGAUAGAGUGGAGUUACCCGAGCUCCUGGAGCAGCCCCUACUCCUACUUUCCUCUCACUUUCCAAAUUGCGCAGCUCAGACGUGGAUGUAAGAGAUGUGGCAACCCGUGCACUGACUCCAAAGCCUUGAAGAGCCUGACCUUCCACUCUACAGACAUUUGUCAGUUUCAAGUGAAACACAGCGCUAAGGCGGUGUGCGUUCGGGCUAAGGAUGCUCUCUGUAACUCACAGUGGAGCGAGUGGAGCCACGUGAGACUGAGGAAGAAAACGAAGAACAAAGGAAAGAACAAAAAACAAGCAUAACGGAGAGAAUGUUUGUAAUAUUUAACUUAUUUCUAAUUGAAUAAAUAUAAUCUAACUGAA